ACGGCGUCCAUCUGAGUCCUUCAAAAUAGCUGGUUUAAAACGAAGUUGUUUUGCUCCCUCCGCUGUAGAAGAUCCGCAGACCAGCCAGACGCACAGUUCAGAUUUGAAGACUUUGACAAGAUCAAGCUCAGAGAAGAAGCAACAAAGGCGCUCCUAUGUUGGUAAAAGAAGAUGAAAGGACAUGAUUUGGGAAAGGACUGUCUGGCAUCUGGUUCUGCGUACAGGGCCGUACCGUCCAGAGAGACCCUCCCCGGACCUGAAGCGGACCAUUACGAGCUGUCUAAAUUGCAGGAUGCUUUUGAAACGGCAGCGAGAGCUGAGGGUGGCCUCUCAUUGGAUGGGAGCAAUGCCGCUGACGCAAAAGAGUUGGAGGACGAAGUCGGGAGAAGCAAAUACCACCACAGUGUCUGUGUACUCAAGCCCAUCCGCUCCACCAGCAAGUAUCAGCAUCCAGUCGACAACGCUGGCCUCUUCUCCUUUAUGACAUUUAACUGGUUGACCUCCCUGGUGGUGUUGGCCCAUAAGAAGGGUCAGCUGUUUCUGGAGGAUAUAUGGGCUGUAUCGCAGUUUGAGAGUUGUGAGGUCAAUCAUCGCCGGCUGGCCGGGCUUUGGGAUGAAGAAGUCAGGUCACGAGGGGACGGGGCGUCUCUUCGUCGUGUGGUCUGGCUUUUUUGCCGCACACGUCUGCUGCUGUCCAUCCUCUGCCUUAUGGUUACUCAACUCGCAGGCUUCAGUGGCCCAGCGUUUGUGGUGAGGCGGUUGCUGGAGUAUACGCAGAUGAGCGAGCCCGACCUGCCCUACGGCCUGCUGCUGGUGCUGGGCCUCUUGGCCACCGAGCUGAUUCGCUCCUGGUCCCUCGCCCUCACCUGGGCGCUCAACUACCGCACCGGCACCCGUCUGCGUGGAGCCAUCCUGACCAUGGCCUUCCACAAGAUACUGCGACUCCGCAGCCUUCGGGAGAAGAGCAUGGGAGAGCUGAUCAAUAUGUGUUCGAGUGAUGGGCAGCGCAUGUUUGAAGCCGCUGCCGUGGGCAGCCUGUUGGCUGGAGGACCCCUGGUGGCCGUGCUGGGAAUGGCAUACAACUUAUCCGUAUUGGGGCCGACGUCUCUGCUGGGCUCUGCUGUAUUCAUCCUCUUCUACCCCACUAUGAUGUUUAGCUCCAGGCUGACGGCGUACUUCAGGAGGAAGGGAGUAGCCGUGACUGACCAGCGCGUUCAAAAGAUGAAUGAGAUUCUGAACUACAUCAAGUUCAUUAAGAUGUAUGCCUGGGUUAAGGCCUUCUCUCAAGCUGUACGAAGAAUUAGAGAUGAGGAGCGUCAGAUUCUGGAGCGAACCGGAUAUUUUCAGAGCAUUACAGUCGGCGUGGCACCUAUCGUUUUAGUUAAUGAUAGUAGCCUGCUUUGGCCUAUUUCCAUGCAAAUGUUUUUGCUUAUUGCAUUCCAUCUAACAGGAAUUAGAGAUGAGGAGCGUCAGAUUCUGGAGCGAACCGGAUAUUUUCAGAGCAUUACAGUCGGCGUGGCACCUAUCGUCGUGGUGAUUGCCAGUGUGGCCACAUUCUCCACCCACAUGUUGCUAGGUUAUGACCUUACCGCCGCACAGGCAUUUACUGUCGUCACCGUUUUCAAUUCCAUGACCUUUGCCUUAAAGGUCACCCCAUUUUCUGUCAAAUCUCUAUCAGAGGCAUCUGUCGCCAUUGAUAGGUUUAAGAGUUUGUUAGUGAUGGCCGAGGUCAAGAUGAUCCGUGAACUGCCGAGGAAUCCUUCCGUUGCGAUAGAGAUGACCAGUGCCAGUUUGGCUUGGGAGACAGGCGGUCACAGCGCCCAGCCUUCGCCCCGAAGUACACCCUAUGUAGGCCUCGGCAUGAGAGGCUGUCGCAAGAAGCGCCGGCAGUGUGACGACCCAAAACAUCACGGGAUGCUGGAAGAGGAAACGCAUGGCCAGCUGUUGAAUGAUGUGUCUGUAGACGUGGCAUCCAGUCCUGAAGAUCAAACCCUUCAAGUGCCGACCAUCAGCCAACGGCUGCAGAGAACUCUUCACUGCAUCGAUCUCACUAUACAAAAGGGGAAGCUGGUCGGUGUCUGUGGCAGCGUGGGAAGUGGCAAAACAUCUCUCAUCUCUGCCAUUCUUGGCCAGAUGACUCUUUUAGAAGGGACUGUUGCUGUAAAUGGAGAUUUCGCAUAUGUGGCACAACAGGCCUGGAUUCUCAAUGCAUCCUUCCGUGACAAUAUCCUGUUUGGCAAGGAAAUGGAGGAAGAGAGGUAUCAGGCCAUUCUGAGUGCUUGCUGCUUGAGACUAGACUUGGCCAUCCUCCCUAAUGCUGACCUGACUGAGAUUGGAGAACGUGGUGCCAACCUGAGUGGCGGGCAGCGUCAGCGGAUAAGCCUGGCUCGAGCUUUAUACAGCAACGGGGAUAUUUACAUUCUCGAUGACCCUUUAAGUGCUCUGGAUGCCCAUGUCGGAAAUCACAUCUUCAACAACGCCAUUAGAAAACAUCUGCGUGGCAAGACGGUCAUCUUUGUCACUCACCAGCUACAGUAUCUGGUGGACUGUGAUGACGUGAUCGUCAUGCGUGAUGGCAGCAUCACAGAGCAGGGCAGCCAUGAGGACCUGAUGAAUGUGAAUGGAGACUACGCCGCCAUGUUUAACAACCUUCAGCUGGGAGAAACGCCCAUCAUUGAGGUUCCGAAUAAGAACUCUGGAAGUUCCCUAAAGAAACCCUUAGAGAACAAAAAGGCAGGAUCUGUCAAAAAAGAAAAAUUGGCCAAGCAGGGUGAUGGUCAGCUGAUGCAGGUGGAGGAGAGGGGGAAAGGCUCAGUGCCCUGGGCGGUGUACAAAGUGUACAUCCAGGCUUUAGGAGGGUGGCUCGUCUUCCUCUUCAUCCUCGCCCUCUUUGUUCUCAAUGUGGGCAGCACAGCCUUCAGCAACUGGUGGCUCAGCUACUGGAUCAAUCAGGGCAGCGGGAACACGACGGUGCAGGUGGGGAACAGCUCAGUACUGAGUGAGAGUAUGCGUGAUAACCCUCUGAUGCAACACUAUGCUGCUGUCUACACUAUGUCUAUGGGAAUCAUGCUCCUUCUCAAACUACUGAGAGGCAUUGUGUUUGUUAAGGGUACUAUGCGUGCCUCCUCGAGGCUCCAUGAAGAACUUUUUCAGAAGAUUCUUCGUAGUCCCAUGAAAUUUUUUGACACGACGCCCACGGCUCGCAUCCUCAACCGGUUCUCCAAAGACAUGGAUGAAGGUGGGACCUCUUUCAUGGUGAAAAUAGAUAAAUGUGUAAUAAAGAGAAAAACCAUAAAUCUGCCCUCUUAUCUGUCCUCAGGGAAGUCUUCUCUGGGAGUGGUUCUCUACCGGCUGGUAGAACCGUGUGGUGGCUCCAUUAAGAUUGACGGUGUCAACAUUUGCGACAUUGGCCUUGCUGAUUUGCGCAGCAAACUGUCAAUCAUUCCACAGGAGCCAGUGCUUUUCAGUGGUACUGUCAGAUCCAACUUGGAUCCUUUUAACCUGUAUUCAGAGGAGCAAAUCUGGGAUGCCCUGGAGAGGACACACAUGAAAGAAUGUGUGUCUCAGCUGCCUUUAAAGCUGGAGUCCGAGGUGGUGGAAAACGGGGAGAAUUUCUCCGUGGGUGAGCGGCAGCUGCUCUGUGUGGCCCGAGUUCUUCUGAGACAGUGCAAGAUCUUGAUUCUGGACGAGGCCACAGCGGCUAUGGACACAGAGACUGACUGUCUGAUUCAGGAGACGAUUCGUAAUGCGUUCCAGGAUUGCACCACGCUGACCAUUGCACACCGAUUGCACACGGUGCUCAGCUGUGACCGUAUCAUGGUGCUCAAUCAGGGCCAGGUGGUGGAAUUUGACGAGCCGUCCAAGCUCUUGGCGAAUGAGAACUCACGCUUCUGUGCGAUGCUGGCAGCGGUGGAGAACAAAAUCUCUGUAAGAGGCUAAAGGAUGUCCGAGUCAAGGUUUCACUCCCGAGGGCCGAAGGGAACAUUCUCCAUUAAUAUUCCAGUCAUUGCUGCUUCAAUGUUCCUCCCUCCUGCAAACCUAUAGGGACCUGGGGAGGGAGAGUAUAGUAUUUCCAUGAAACUCAUGGGCUGUCAUUAGGGGCAUGCCUGUUAAGAUGUACUACUUGUGAGCUUAAAUGGUUAGGUCAGGAAACACUGAUACUGUAAUGAUAUUUACAUAACGAAGUGGGGAAAUCAGUUUCCAUGUAGUUCAAUUCAUGCAAACUGGUAUGUUUUACAGAGUACAAUAUCUCUGUUUAUAUGAGUAUAUAUAUUUACAAGGUGGUUGCAGAGUCCUUUUGUAUUGAUUCUGCUGGUCUAUGUACAGUAUGUAAUAUAUACAUACAUUCAGAUGGAUCAUCUUUCAUUACAGUUUAAUAUUUUUGACAACUUGACAGUCUUCAGUACAUGUGUAAAUGUUGUCUUGUGACUUGAACCCUAAACUUUGGCACAGGUGACGUUGUCCACAGGAUGUUGUACAAGCACUGAGUAAGUGGGACUCUUUAAGAGAAACAGUGCUGCUUAUUUACUGUCUCCUUGUUCAGCACACCAAGGAUUCAGUCUUAUUUAGCUAAGAGGCCUUUGUAUAUUUAUAGCCUAUUUCCACUGUUAACAUUUUUGCCAGUUACUUUUUAUUUUUCCUCUUAUGUGGUAUUUUUUUUGUUGCUCUUUUACGUAUGAAAGCAUUGCUCAUUUUGGCUUGUUUUUGCACUUUGUAUUCACCUCUGUAGGAGGUCACAGACAUUGUUUUGACUUUGUCCCAAAAGAGACGCUCGUCGAGCAUAAUCUUAGCAGGCCAAAUUUGCUAGAACGGGCCUUUUGUUUUUUUGUGUGUGUGUUACGUUGUCUAUCACAGCACUGGUACAAAGAGAUCGCUCUGAAUGGACUUUCUGAAUCAGGUUGUGAUGGUCGUUUGUGGUCUGCAUGAAGGGGAAUCUGAUUUCCCCUCAUCAGACCCUGCAAAAAUGUCUUGUCAUUUCCAUUUUUUUUUCCAUAGCCUUAGCAUGAUUUCUUAAUUGCCUUGUGAAAAGGGUGGAAGGAGAGUAGGAGAGCGUAGUCUCUCUGCUGUCUCAAUAAAUUUAUUUUAGGUUUACCCUU